UCGUCCGGUCUGCUCCGAUCAGUUGUCCGGUGUGAGCUGUUCGGAGCUGGGUGCCUGCAGGCCAUCUCGCAGUAGUCUUUCUUCCAACCAAAAUGGCUUCUACUGAUCGGCUGGGAUUUACUGUGUUCGUGGUGCUUGCUGUACUUGGGACGAAUUCUGUCGGUGCACUGCGUUGCUACACCUGCAACUCGUACGAUAACUCGGAAUGCUUUGCACCACCGAAACGCUUUACCGAGCAAGAUCUGCAGAACAACGAUACCGUGCCGGCCCGGCUACUGGUCGAGUGUCCACCGGAUGAGAAGGGACGCGAACCGUUCUGCCGAAAGGUGGACGUACUUGUGAUCGGUGGAAGCGUACCGGACCAUACGCGGGUGACACGCGAGUGUGGUUACGAACGGGCUCGGCGACCCUGCUACAGCGUCAUCAACGGCGGUCACGAGGAACUGGUGUGCCAGUGCUUUACCGAUGGCUGCAACGGUGGAUCACAGAUCACCGUGUCGCGGGUGCUCGGUGCGCUAAUGUCGCUUGCUGGACUAUUGCUAGGAUGCAAGCCGCUUUGAAGAAGGGGAAAAGAAAACUCUGCUUGAUGGAAUAAAUUUGCACCCCACAUACAUCACCAAGGCGCCCAAAA